GCGUUGAAGAGUUUUGUGAUUUGGGGGCGUGGUCACUCGCUGACGCUACAGGGGGCGGGGUGUGUUCAUAUUCAGUCACGCGUGGCUGUCAGCAGAAGCGUCUCUGCUGCGUUCAGGAGCACCGAGGAUGCGUAACUCCGGGAAUUUGAAGUCCUCGCGCUGACAGAAAGCUUCCCGCCGCACUGAGGAGGAGGAGGAGGCGUUCACGGCGGCUGGGUUCGGACAAAGAAAUCCAAAGUGUCUGAGUUAAAUGAACUGUUAGAGCCCCCCACCACCACCUCCUCCCAUCAUCCUAUAGAGGUGUCCAUCCGUCUGCGGAGCCGAGGACGGAGGGACUCACGCACGCGCGUGAUGGAGUCUAUUAUGGACAGUUUGACGGCGGAGAAACUCUACCCGUCCGCGGGCACCAACCUGUUGGACCUGGAGGAGCUCAGCGACGGCGAUUUCCUCACGAACGUGCCUUUUUCAGGGGAGCAGAUGGACGACUUCAGCAGCGAGUUAUUCAACAGCUUCUUCGACGACCAUCUAUUAGAGCGCCCCCUGCUGGCAGACAGACCCUCCUUCCUACACCUGGACAUGGACAGCAGCCCAGAUAUUCAAGCAGAGCACAGCUACUCUUUGAGCGGAGACUCUGCCCCCCAGAGCCCGGCCCUGUCAAUCAAAAUGGACCAAGAGCCUGACUUUGAGUGGAACUUCACUCAGGACCUGUCGGCCAUGCUGGUCAAGCAGGAGGAAGACGACGGCGCUCACACGAUAGACGCCCAGCCCUCGGAAGGCCCGCCCCUCAUACUGAGCCCGCCUCCGCACAGGCCGUCGCCAUGGAAACGCAAGGACAGCGGCGAGGUGAAUCCGGUCGCGAUAAAGGACGAACCCAAAGAGUUUGGACAGUAUCUCAGCCUGCCCAGCGACGAUGCCCUUCAGCUCCCGCCCACCCCUCCCAGCAGUAACCACGGCGACAGUGACGGCUCGCUGCCGCCCUCCUCCCCACACCUCCCGCUGCUGCCGUCGUCGCCCCAACCACAACAGAGACCAGGAGGCCGAGCCUCCUCCUCGUCCUCCCCCUCCUCGGCCAUCUCCUCCUCGCCUCUCCUCACAGCUCCACAUAAGCUGCAGGGCUCGGGGCCGCUCAUGCUCACAGAGGAGGAGAGGAGGACGCUGGUCGCAGAGGGUUACCCCGUCCCCAACAAGCUUCCCCUCACCAAGAGCGAGGAGAAGGCGCUGAAGAGAGUCCGGCGGAAGAUUAAAAACAAGAUCUCAGCUCAGGAAAGUCGGAGGAAGAAGAAGGAGUAUGUGGAGUGUCUGGAGAAAAAGGUGGAGAGCUACACGUCGGAGAACGGCGACCUGUGGAGAAAAGUGGAAAACCUGGAGACGGCCAACAGGUCUCUGCUGCAGCAGCUGCAGAAGCUUCAGUCCCUGAUCUCAGGGAAAGUCAUCCCUCGCUCCUGUAAGAUCGCCUCCACCCAAACAGGGACGUGCCUCAUGAUGGUGGCGCUGUGCUUCGUCUUGGUGUUGGGCUCCUUCUCCCCCUGCCUCUCCCCCCUCUCCCUGCUGUCCCACAGCUCGUCCGGCUCCCACCCCUCCACUCCUCCUCCAUCCGCAGACCUCUACACCACCAGUCAGGUGCGCUCUCGCAGCCUGCUCUUCUACGAUGAGCGGGCUCCUCUGGAGGACAGCUUAGCGCCGCUGCCAGCUGAGGAAAUGCUGCACUCUGAAGCCCACACCCGCCAGCACACCGCCAACAACAACAACCACACGGAGGCGGAGCAAAGAGAACCGGGCAGAGUCUCCGAGUUCUUCUGACACUCGGCGGUCCUCACCUCUGACCUGUUGGACCGUCGCCAGUCUUCAGUCCGUCGGUGAAACUCCGACCCCAUCGGAUCGAAUUUCCUUUAGAGACUGUUAAGUUCUCAUUUCCUUUCAACCAAAGAUUGUUUGACGUCAUUUUCAAAACAGAAACGCUUCUUUAUGAAUGUGUGGAUGGACUGAACGUGGUGAUGUCACUUCCUGUUCCUUUUGAGCCCUUUUCACGACAGGUUUUCAUCUCUGCUUUAAGAUAAAGACGAAGUCUUAGAACCAGGGCAUUUCAAACUAACAAAACUGAGCAGCUCUGGGUUCAAAAGUUAUUUAAGAUUUGUCAUCAAAUAGCAAAUCCGAAGCCAGGUUUAAAAGUCACCUGUCAAUCAAAAGCCACGCCCCCUUUUGGGCAGAUUUGCCAUCAAAUUGCAAAUCAGUAGCUGAAUAAAGCCUAAAAUGAAGACUCACCACUCGCUGGAACACGCCCACUAAGGCUGCUUAUGUCUGACAAUUAACCAAUCAUCUGUCUGUCAAAAAGCCACGCCCCUUUUUGUUGCCAUCUUAGCCAAAUUUGUCCAAAAUCCACCAAAACACAAACCUGUCAGCAGCUGGAACACGCCCACUAAGGCUGCUGUAUGGCUGAGAAUGAACCAAUCAGCUGUCAAUCAAAAGGACAUGCCCACUUUUCUGUUUUUCUUCAAAUAAAACCAAAAAUUAUGUUUGUAAAAGUUCACCCCAGUAGUUUUCACAGGUGUAUAUAUUUUUAGAAGUAUGUUUUCGGAGCCAUACUGUUAAACAUGUUCAUGACCUAUCUGACCCCUAGUGGUCACCUGGUGAACUGACCUGGCUCCACCUCCAUGUUUGCAUCCAGCUGGGCGUCGGCUUGUCGUCUGAGAGUUCAGGGUCGAUGACAUCACAACUGCUCGAUGCACACUGUGCCGGCAUUUGUCCCUUCCUGUCUGCCGUACACCUGAUCCCUUUUAAUGAAUUCAGAUGGAUUUACUUGAGUAACACGCCACCUAGUGGUGAGAAACUGCCUGAGUAAUAGGGUCACAUGACCACAUGCUCUGUCCAUACACUCCAAUGUUAAUCUCCAAGCCAGAAAAAUACCUAAUUUUAGGUCAAAUUUUGAUCAGAAAUCUACCGUUUCCAACAUACUUCCAAGUCAUUCUCUGCGAUUUCCUGUGCAGCAGAAACUUGUAGAGAGGAAAGUCAAAGGGCUGCUUUGUGAUCUACUGUUUUAUUCUGAAAAGACCCUGCAUAUCCAAACACAUUUAAAAGCAAAAGAACUGAAGAUGUUUCACAGUGCCUUUUAAAUGCUUUAGUCACUUAAAAUCAUGACCUGAAAAUAUAUAUUUUUGAAUAAUUUCCUUUUUUCCCAUCAGAAUCAAACCAUCACUAUAGAUUUACUUCAGAGCUCAACAGUAUUUUUACUACCAAAUGUCUGAAUUGUGUUUUUUAUUUCAUCUUCUGACCAAACUCGUUUUAUUUCAGCUUUAAAUCAUAUUUUCAUAAGACACAAAGAGGCUGGGAGAUGGAACCUAAAGUUAUUUUUAUGGAAAACAGAUUGUAUAUGUAAUAUAUUUGCAUCAUAAAAAGAGCAUAUUUAAUUUAUGCAACAAAAAAAUACUUUUUUGUUUAUUGUAUUGUUCUUUUUUUUAAAUAAUCUUUAAAACACACAAAAAACUUAACUUUUAAUAUAUUUAGAGCAUCAGAAAAUGAUUUUGGACUUUUUUUUUGACAUUUCAAAUGUUCAUUUUACACAUUCACGUGAUUCGUAGCUGUUUGAUAUUUGUUUGAUUCUCUGUCCGAAAAAUGACACAAAUUUAUCACAAAAUACAUAACAAAA